AUGUUUACGAUAAUGAUUUAUAUGAAACAAUUUCAUGAAAAUUUGAAAAGAAGUUAAGAAACAUGUUCAUGAUGAUAAUAUUGAUUAUAGAAAAUUUUACUUUAGGGCACAAGAAAGUUAUUAGUUAUUGUUUGUAUAAAAUAAUGUCUGAUGCUUUGAAAUAAAGUUUAAUUCGAUAUUCUUUUGAUGAAAGAAGAACGGUUCAGAAACAAAACAUAUUUGAGAAAUGUAAAGCAAUGGUUACAUUCUACAAAAACAAGAUGUGAUUCUUUAAAAUCUCACAUGGAAUAUAUGAAAAUGUUAUAUCAUGAUAUUCCACAAAUAGAAAAAACUGAUAAAACAGUAGAUAAUCAGGACUUUCAGAAUGUCAAGACAGAGAUUUCUGACAAUGAAAUUACAGUUUCAAAACAGAUGGACAUUAACGAUGUCUCAGAAGAGUUUCGUGAUGUUUCAUGUAUUUCUACAAAUGAUGAUGAUAAUAAUCAGAAGCAUGAAUCAUGUUCAAGUUCCAAUUUAAAAAACAUAAUAUCAAAAAUUAAUGUGCAGUAUAAACAAGACGAGAACGUAAAAAGUUCAAACUUACAAAAGGAAACAGAAGUUGACUUAUAUGCAGAUUUACCUACAACCUAUGAUGUACCUCAUAACGUACAAAUUGAAUCAAGACCAUUGUCACCAAUUCCCAAAGAAAAUAUGUAUAGAGAGCAAAAUCAUAUUUUGCAUUGUCCGUAUCAAAAGGAUUUAGCACAGCAUUCUACGAAAUUAGUGGAAGAUGUUAGUAACUCGAAAAAAUUAUUUGAACAACUAAUUUUGGAUACACAGAAUGAACACUUACUUCAAGAAUUAUCUUCUGCAAGAAAUAAUUUUAAAUUAAAUAUUUCCGGAAGCGUGAAAGACGGGUCUUUAGGUAGAAAUAAAAUUUCCUCAAAAAUUGAGAAGAACAGUAAAUCAAUUCCUUCUGCAGUAUCAAGUAAAAAAGGUUCCUCGUGUAAGUUAGACAAUAUUGUUUCGUUAAAACUUAAAAAGCGGAGAAGAAAAAUACAUUGCUCUAAUUCCAAAAGUACUGUGACCACAAGAGAUACUAAUUUUCUAGGAAGAAAAGAUGCAAAAAGGCGUAAACAGAAAAAUAAUACGAAUAAUAAUCAUUCAGGCAAAUCUCAGCAGACUUCUAAUGAUGUAGUAGAAAUUUACCAUAAUAGAGCAGCCACGGGUGGUAGCACUUGUGUUAUUUCUAAAAAACAUUCUAAACUUAAUCGUCACAUGAACUAUAUUAACGUAUUAUCCUCAGUUACAAACGAACAAAAAAGUCUGAAUGUGAAACCAAGAUAUGAAGAUGGUGACUAUCAAUGCAAUUAUAAUAUUGAUGAAAAUAGUCAGAAAAAUAAUUCUCAGAAACAAUAUAUAUCUAAAGCUGAAAAGGAAGACAGAACAAAUAUUUCAGAUAGAAAUUGUGAUCUUGAAGUUUCAAUGACUCCGUCGUAUGCUAUGGAAAAAUGCAAUUUACAUCAAUAUGAGCAUUCAGCUUUGCAAGCAUCAUAUUGUGGUCCGUUAAUUACACAUAAUUAUGAAAUGCCAACAUUGGCUUCAAAAUUAAAAAGAGCAAAUCGCUCAUAUUUUAGCAGAUUCAAUUUCAGAAAUAUACCCUUUGUAGUUGGUACAUCUGUUACUCCGAGUCAUAAUUUAGGUUUAAAUAUUCAACAAGUUUUAAGUAUAAUGAAAACAAAGCAACCUACAAUAAAUGGAAUCACUCCACUUCUUAUUCGUAAAGUUAGCAAGGGCAUGAAACCUGUAUCUACGCUAAUGGAGCAAAUGAAUGAAUACAGUAAAUUAUCUCGCAUAAAUUCUCACGUAAAUAGUAUACAUAUGCAAAAUAAAAGUUUAUUUAUAAAUCGAGAUAACAAUUUCUUGGAAAAUGAAAGUGUAUCUUCAAAAUAUGAUAAAAAGAGAUUAAAUGCAAAUUUAAAAUCACCUAUAAAAGAAUAUCAAAAUAUACGAGAAAUGAUUAAAGGAUAUGCAAAUAUGUACGAAAAUUAUCAUAAAAGAAAGGAUACUAAAUCAGAAAAUCAAUUAAAUACAAUCAGUAGCACGCAAAUAUUGCAAACUACAGAUAAUGCUAAAAUAUUAAAACUAUUUGCAUCCCAACAGAAUAUAAAGUUAGAAAAAAAUGUACAAGAUAAGCAAGCUUGUAACGCUUUGUCAGAUGACUGUAACAGUUCAAAAGGAAUACGAGAAGUUUUAAUUCAUCUUCAUGAUCAGUUUGAAGAACUGAAUAUAAAAUAUGAAAAAUUGCAAGCUAAGACAAAAGGAUCUAACAAUAAAGAACUAGAAGAAGAGAUAGUAAGUCUUGAGAAAGAAUUGAAUACCAAAGAAGAUGAGAUAAAUGCUGUAAUCAAUUUAUAUAAAGAAGUAAUGGUGUUGAAACGUCAAAUGAAAUUACUGCAGGAAAAAAAUAGUUACAUUUGUAUAUCAAGUGAAAUCCCGCUUCAGUCAAAGAAAACACAUUCGACUAUGCCGUUUACGUUAACUAAAUCGGAUGGAAUAAACGACCGUCAAAAAUUUUAUCACAAACGAGGAAGUAGCGUUAUUUCAACGAGAGAACCAACUUCAAUACGAUUAGCGGGACUUUUACGACAAAUUCAAACGUUUCAGAGACAAUUAAAACUAUCGUCGUAAUGAAAUAUCAUGUCUUCAAAUCUAAUUCAAAAUAACUGGAAGGUAACAUGUACAUUACUAUCGCAUAUGAUCAGCAUGAGUGUAGCUCAAAAUUUUAUAAAAUUAGGAAAUACAAAAUAUGAGGUAAAUAAAAGUUGUAAUGUCUUAUUCAAUGUAUACUUCCAUAGCAAAAGUAUUUUCCAUACUGUAUUUUGUGAUAUUUGCGAUUCAAAAAAGAACAUAAUCAGAACUUGAAUUACAAAUGCCUGGGAAUUUCAUUAGGAUUAUUUUCUGUAAUAAACACAAUAUUUUUAAUGGAUCAUACUCUCUUUUUUUAUUCGAUUCUGCGUGCUACUUCUUAUAAUAAUAAUUUGUAUGUGUGUAUGAUUUUACAUAUUUUAAGUAUGCAACUGAUGGUACCUAUACGUACUGUGUACAUGUAUGCACAUAACCACAUGUUUAUAAACGCCGGAAACAAUUAAAAUUUUACUGUACAUAAAUUAUUUUCCAUUUCUUUGUUACUGCCAGUUUGUAUGUAUCUAUAUUUAAUAUGCAUAUAUACGAACAUAAACUUACCGUAAUGUAUCAAUGUAUACUUCUCUUUUUUUUUUUUUAAUUUUAACAGUACUGUCUAGUCUAGAUACAAUAGAAGAAAUCAUGGUCGAUCUAAUAUAUAAUAUAGUGGAGGCCUACAUAUUCUUGAACGAAUUAAAAUAUGAUUACUCUUAAUCGUAGUUCAUUCUCAAAUAGAUACGGAUUUUGAAAUUCAUAGUGGCAAAAACAUUUUUCUCUUAAGCAACUACACAGAAUCACGCGUUUCCCUUUUAUACUCGCAAAGAUACGUUAUUUUCUACAAUCUACAAAAUGUAUCUCGAAUAACGUUAAUAUAAAUUGUUACUUUAACUCUAAACCAGUAUCCAUUUUAUCAUUGAUCAUUAUCCGCACGCACAAAAUUCGUAAAAAUAAAAUACUUCUGAUAAUAAAUAUGAAAUGAAUCCUUUUUCAGCAACAGUUUUGUAAAAAUAUGACAAAAAUAUAAUUGGACUAAUUUCACGAAAGGAAAUUGACAACAUAUCUUUUUAUUGCUUUCGGUUUACUAAGAAUUUCUAGAUUUGUAUAAAAUUUAAUGUUUAAAUAAAUACCAAAUUCUUUGAAAUUAUCUAUUUCAGCUUACUUUCUUUCGUAUUAUUAAGAUAUAUCGCAACUUGAAUUACCAAUAUUUUUAGCAUCCUUUAAAUGGUUCAUUCAUGUUCAUUGCUUUCUGUAGAGCAAAAAAGGCAAAAAAUUAGGAAUCAAAUGUUUCUCACACACAUUCUCCCAUAUUAACGCAAGCAGCAUAUAUAUCUUUCAUGUUAUAUCACAGACUAAAAAAUGCUUUGGUCUAAAAAAUCGUACCUUUUUUCUUUCGCGUAAUCUAAUUUAGUAGAUACCGUUGAUAAUGAAUUUCAAACGUAUCAAUGUGAAAUUAAAAUAUUUAAAUAAACUGAUUUCUUCGUGCGAGUGUGUGAAAUGUAGAUAAGCGCAGCAGAUUUUGGGGUCGUUUCAAUUUUGAUUCAAUAACUAAACAAACAUUAGACCAUAGUGUGUGAACAAGAAAUCAAUUAUAUAAAAGUAUAUGUACAAUUUUCGACACGAUUUUAUAAACAGUUUUGAAGAUUUUUACGUUGGUCGAUACAACUUACGAUAAAUUUUGUACGAUACAGAAUUUUAAUACAUAUACAUUUUAUAUGUUUCUUUCAUAAUCCUUGAGCCAUAUUAUAGUUUAAGCAUUGCAAGAUUAUAAAAAAAAAGAACUGAAAAAAGAGCCCCUUUAGCGCACUUCCAUAAUAAUAACAUUCACAAAGCAUUUCUUUCACUUGACAUGCUUUAAAACUGAAAAUUGUAGCACCCUCGAUUGAAACACUUCAUCAAGUUAAAUUUCAAGGCUACCAUUUAUACAUACAUAUACUCUAAACUUACAUUGCGUCAGACUAGUCGCCUUAAAAUUUUACUCGUCAAGUAUAAAACGCAAAAAUCAACGAGCUUUUAAUGAAUAUGUUUAAUACGCUGUAAGACUGUAACAGUUUAUAGUACUCUACAAUUAUAACAUGUGAUAUCUCUUACAAGGUACUUACAUUACAAAUAUAACCCCACAGAUUCGUUCUUUACUCUCAACAUUCAAUUUGGUAAUAAUUCUUAAAUAAUAAAUUGAAUGUAUUAAUUUUAUUUGAAAUAAUAUACAAUCUAGGGUAUCCGUUUCUUCUAUUAACGAUUCACUGAUAUAUCAAUUUCCAGAAAAAUCGUGUCAUAUUAUUGUGAAAGAAAGUAGUACGACAGUGUAUUUAGAGUAGUAUAAAUAAACACACCAUAUAUUCAACUCUGUUCACAAUGAGACAUAAUAUAUAUGUGUUUAUUACAUUUGUCUGAAUGAUCAGACUUUUGUUCAUUUAUGAUUUUAAUUUGUAAUUGUUCCUUAUUCACGAGUGUCUUGUUUGUUUGUUUCGAUUACGAUUUGCUCACCCGAUUCGUAGGAAGAAAUGUGGAUAUAAUUUUUUCAGCAACAACUUUUUCC